AUGUCUCAACCAAGCCUGCCUGUCACCCAGCAGCAGCAACAAAGCCACUCGAGCGCGAAGAAUAAACCAUUCGAAAUUGUGCCAGCACCAACCGGUGCACGUACCUCACCUCUUGCGAACCCAAAAGAACCAAGUCCGAAGAUUUCUCUCGGACCAUCGUCAUCCAGCUCAUCCGCAUCGAGUUCCAAUGGGACGGGAUCGAAUCCCAAUUCUCUUCUCGAAACGGGUCUUUUGCUUGCAAACCUCCAAAAAGCAAAUCCACUACUGGUUGCUAGUAUACUAUCUUCUUCGGGUCUGUCGAAAGCAUCCAUCCCUGGGUUAACUCAGCUAUUGGGCACAUUGACGGAACAAUCUCCCACCCCGCCUAAGAAAGCUCCGCGACGGAGAUCAAACUCUCAGUUUCAAGCCGCACCUCAACACAAUCGUCAACCAUCUCCCAUGCAUCAGCAGCACCAGCAGCAGAUCCCUCAACCUCAACUUCAAAUGCCAAUGUUCCAACCCCCACAAAAAUCAUCCCCAUCCCCGCAGCAUCCACCCCCGUCGGAUUCUCCCUCGCCCCAUUCGCUCAGCCAGCAGAUCAAGCUCCUUCAGCAGGUCCAAAUGCAGCAGCAGCAGAAACUUCUGAUCGAACAGCAGCAGAAAGCAGUUCUCGAGCAGCAACAGAAGGCUGCCCAGGAGCAAAAGCGCAUCCAAGAGCAGAAGCAAAAACAGGCGCAGAUGCUCGCGCAGUUGCAGGCACAGCAAAAAGCGCAAUCGGCGGCAGCUGCGGCUGCUGCUGCUGUCGCUGCUCAAUCUUCCCCCGCAAUCACAGCUAACACUCGGGCACCAGUGACACCGAAUCAAACGUCCUCCUCCUCCUCCUCCUCCUCGGCCACAGCAUCACUCGCCAGCGGAUUUCCCUUCGAUCCGCUCUAUCUAUCGGCGAUCUAUGCCAAUCCUAGUCUGUACCUCCAGGCACUAAGUCCGGAACAGUUGCUGCAGUUCUAUAAGAAUCUUCCCAGUGUAACCGGUAUCGCGCCGCCCAGCAGCAAAAGCUAG